CAGUGCUUGCCUUGCAUUCCCUCGCGUUCUAAAUUUCUAUUUUUAAUAGUCUUUUAUUUUUACUAUUUUCUUUUCAAUUAACUUUCCCUGCUAGACGAUCACAGCUUAGCGAAGGCCGAAAAAACGAGCGAUGGCGGCGGCGACGACGAGCAGAACGGCUCGGCGGAUGGGAGCCGAGGAUGAGAAGCUAGUGUUCGAGACGACGGAAGGAAUCGAGCCGAUAUUGAGUUUCGACCAGAUGGGGUUAAAAGACGAUCUCCUCCGUGGAAUCUACAAUUACGGCUUUGAAAAGCCGUCGGCUAUUCAGCAGAGAGCUGUUAUGCCGAUAAUCAAUGGCCGCGAUGUGAUUGCUCAAGCCCAAUCUGGUACUGGUAAAACUUCCAUGAUUGCUCUCACUGUUUGUCAAGUGGUCGACACCGCUAGCAGAGAGGUUCAAGCGUUGAUAUUGUCACCUACAAGAGAACUGGCGUCUCAAACAGAGAAAGUGAUACGGACAAUUGGUGAUUUCAUGAAUAUACAAGCACACGCAUGUAUUGGAGGCAAAAGUGUGGGUGAAGAUAUAAGGAAGCUAGAAAACGGGGUUCAUGUAGUAUCGGGAACUCCAGGUAGAGUCUGUGAUAUGAUCAAGAGGAGAACCCUACGUACAAGAGCUAUUAAACUAUUGAUUCUCGAUGAAUCUGAUGAGAUGUUAAGCAGAGGGUUCAAAGAUCAAAUUUAUGAUGUUUACAGACAUCUUCCACCCGAGCUUCAGGUUUGUUUGAUAUCUGCUACACUUCCUCAUGAAAUCUUGGAAAUGACGAGCAAAUUUAUGACUGAUCCUAUAAGGAUCCUUGUGAAGCGUGAUGAGUUGACUCUAGAGGGAAUCAAGCAGUUUUUUGUAGCAGUUGAAAGAGAGGAGUGGAAGUUUGAUACGCUAUGUGAUCUUUAUGAUACAUUGACAAUCACCCAAGCUGUCAUUUUCUGCAACACAAAACGAAAGGUUGAUUGGCUAACUGAGAAGAUGCGUAGCAAUAACUUUACGGUAUCGUCAAUGCAUGGGGAUAUGCCUCAGAAGGAAAGAGAGGCAAUUAUGGCAGAGUUUCGGGAUGGUGCAACCCGUGUUCUUAUCACAACAGAUGUCUGGGCUAGGGGGCUCGAUGUUCAACAGGUUUCCCUGGUGAUAAAUUAUGACCUCCCAAAUAAUCGAGAGCUUUACAUCCAUAGGAUCGGUCGAUCAGGUCGUUUUGGAAGAAAGGGUGUUGCUAUAAAUUUUGUGAAAAGUGAUGACAUCAAGAUUCUUCGAGAUAUCGAGCAGUACUAUAGUACCCAGAUCGACGAAAUGCCGAUGAAUGUCGCUGAUCUUAUAUAAAAAGAAUCAUGUGCUUGGAUUGAUGGAGUGAUUAAAAAAUAUUGUUGAGAGCAUUAAUCCGUGGAGUUUGUGUAAUGUACUUUUUGGUCUUUUAUCUUUCUUCCAUUUGAUUUUAUUUGUAUAACACUACGUCGUAGGUGAAGGGUUCUUUAAACACUUACCGCUGACAAACAAGAAACACUAAUAUAUAUAAUCAGUUAGGGCUUUUAUUAUUGUUAACAA